AUGAACUCCUCACAAGAAGAAAAGUUGGCUGGCCCGACGGCACUCUUCUAUGAACGAGUUCAGGGUGAUCGGGAUUCAAAUCCUAGGAUGCAUGAUAUUAAUAGUAGUAGUAGAGAUAUAACGGAGGGGAUUUCGAUGGCUAGACUUAGAUCAGAUCCAGUAACGGAUUUGAAAGCAAGACUCUCACUAUGGGGUUUGUUCGCAUGGUUUUCAGUACAUGGGCAACAAGCUUAUACAGAGAUAGAUCCCAACUACCCCGAGGACGAAAAGGAGUUGAAAGUUCCGGAUAAGUCGUCUUUUGAUGAUGAUGAUGCCUACACAGCAGUCGAGGAAGAUUCUCCAUACCCGGAAGUCCGAGCCGCGGUCAAGAACUAUGAUGAGGAUGUACCCGCGAACACGAUUCGUGCCUGGACUAUCGGGCUAUUACUGGUAGUCGUUGGAGCAUCGAUGAAUACCCUCUUUUCUCUUCGAUCUCCUUCGAUCGGUCUAGGAGCGUUGAUUGCUCAAAUCAUCGCUUGGCCUUUAGGUCAUGGAUGGGCUAAAGUCAUGCCAAAUAAGCAAUUCAAUACCUUUGGUUUGAAGUGGUCAUUGAAUCCGGGACCUUUCAAUAUCAAAGAACAUUCUAUCAUCGUCGUCAUGGCAAGCGUAAGUUUUAGCGCAGCAUACGCUACUGAUAUUUUGCUUGCCCAAAUUGCGUUCUACAAACAAGAUUUCGGGUUGGUUUUCCAAGUACUUUUGGUUGUUUCAACCCAAUCUAUUGGCUACGGUAUUGCUGGCAUCUUGCGCAAGUUCUUGGUGUAUCCUGCAGCCAUGAUCUGGCCCGCCAACCUCGUCAGCGUCACCCUAAUGAACGCCAUGUACGAAAAUAACGAGAGACCCGAUCCAACUAUCUUUGGGGGUUCAAUUCAUCGCUACAGAUGGUUUGGAUAUGUGACUGCUGGUGCAUUUUUUUGGUACUUCAUUCCUGGAUUCUUGGCUCAAUUCCUAUCGGUUUUCGCCUUCGCUACUUGGAUUGCUCCUAACAAUGUUAUUGUUAACCAAUUAUUCGGUGGUACGAGUGGUCUUUCUUUCAUACCAUUGACCUUUGAUUGGACCCAAAUUUCUGGGUUUAUAGGGAGCCCUAUGAUUCCUCCAUGGCAUGCAAUUGCCAAUACGCUCAUUGGAAUGGUUUCGUUCUACAUGAUCGGUGCAUCAAUUAUUCAUUACUCCGGAGCAUGGAGUUCAGCAUUCUUACCCAUGAGUGAUAGCGCUACGUACGACAAUACCGGAGCUGCAUACAACACUACGAGAAUUCUAGCCAAAGAUUUUACUCUCGAUCUUGCUGAAUACAAGGCAUACUCACCUCUUUUUCUGUCAACUACUUUCGCUAUCUCGUACGGCUUGUCAUUUGCAGCCAUUUCUUCAUUGAUUGUUUACACAUAUCUACACCAUGGAAAGCAAAUCUGGGCUCAAUUCCGUAAUAGCACCAAGGAACAGACUCCUGAUAUUCACAUGAAGAUGAUGCAAAAAUAUCCCGAAGCUCCCACUUGGUGGUACAUGUCUCUCUUCAUCGUAAUGGUCGGACUUUCCUUCAUCACCAUCCUUGCGUUCCCCACCAAUCUCACCUGGUGGGCUUUCCUCAUUGCCCUGGGAAUAUCGUUCUUCUUUUCAUUGCCCAUUGGCAUUAUUCAGGCAAUUACCAAUACCCAAAUCGGACUGAAUGUAUUGACGGAGUUUAUCUUCGGGUAUUUGCAGCCUGGAAAGCCGUUAGCUUUGAUGAUCUUUAAAACCUAUGGAUAUAUUACCAUGAGUCAGGCGUUGGGAUUCGUGAGCGAUCUGAAAUUUGGUCACUAUAUGAAGAUUCCACCGAGAACAAUGUUCAUGGCCCAAGUAGUCGCAACAACCUUCUCCUGCUUCAUUCAAGUAGCAGUCCUCAACUACGCUCUGAACAACAUCCCCGACAUCUGUACUCCGCAUCAACCCUCUCAUUUCACCUGUCCCGGCGGUCGCGUCUUCUUCUCCGCAUCCAUAAUAUGGGGUCUCAUUGGCCCCCAACGCAUCUUCUCCCCAGGUCAAAUCUAUUCCGCCCUAUUCUGGUUCUUUGGUCUCGGAGCAAUCGUUCCCGUAAUUUUCUUUCUCCUAUCCAAAAAAUUUCCCAAAUCACCAAUCAAGUAUCUAAUGGCGCCCUUGAUCUUCGGCGGCGCAGCAGUAAUCCCACCCGCGACUCCUCUCAAUUAUCUCAGUUGGGGAAUUGUAGGUUUCAUUUUUCAAAAAGUCAUCAGACAGAAAUACUUCGGAUGGUGGAGUCGUCUUAAUUAUUUGACGAGUUCGGCGUUGGAUCUGGGAUUAGCGUUGAGUACGAUAUUCAUUUUUGUAGCCUUUACGGUUAAUGGAGUGGAGGCGCCCAAGUGGUGGGGGAAUACUAUUGUGAGGAGUACGCUGGAUGCACAAGAUGCGGCGGUGCAGAAAGUGGUGGGUGUGGGCGAACACUUUGGUCCGCAGGUUUGGUGA